AGACUAAUCAGUUAAAGCAUGACAAAAUAUUUCGUUUGUUUGCUAACUGUUUCUUUUUUAUUUGUCCUACUCAAUACUUUUAGAUGAGUGCUAUGUUUUGCAAUUAUACAGUUUGUCAAUCGUUUUAUAUAUUCAACAGCUAACAAUUCACCGCACUAUAGUGUAGAUAACCAACAUUUUUUUUUUACUUUCAUUACUGUGCCUUCACACAGUUUAAGUCCACCAAGUAUGAACAACAAAAUGGAAAACAAGUUUUCCGGUUUUGCCAAGGAGACGACAACACGUCCUGCAUGUAAAAAGUGUGGAUACUCUGGACAUUUAACAUUCCAGUGUCGUAACUUCAUCAAAAUCGACCCCAAUAAGGAUAUUGUACUCGACGUAAGUAGUACAAGCAGUGAGUCGGACGAACCGUAUGUAACGCCAUUGGUUCAGUUGCGUGAGGCAGAACUGGCGAUGAAAUUAAAAAAUGAAACCACAAAGAAGAAGAAAAAGAGAAAGAGUAAAAAACGUAAACACAAAUCUUCUGAUUCAGAUUCUUCAAGUAGCGAUUCUGAAAGCAAAUCUGAACGACAUAGAAAGAAACAUAAGAAACACAAAAAACAUAAAAAAGUAAAAAAAUCAAAAGAUUAAUAUUUUGUAAUGUGUAAGAAAUAAUAUUAAGAGUACAAUUUUUUUAUAAACAAUAGUAUGUUAAGGUUAAAAAGUUUUUUUUUUAUUUUACGACUGAAAAAUAAAAUUAGAUGUUUUAAAAAAUAUUAUGUUUAAUAUACAAGGUUUUGUUCUUUAUUACACGUAAUAUUUAAACAGUAAUACUCUGUUUUUAUAUUAUAUAGUUGUAUUACUCUACUCUGAAAAUCAUAAGUUCAUAAGAUUUAAACUAUUAUUCUACAUACUAAAAAGUAUUAUGUAAUGCUAUAUAAUAACAAUACCUUUAAGAAUUUUUUAAAAGUAAUACCAU